UAUAUAAACUACUGUACGUCGGCCAUCUUGCCGUCGACUUAGUCUGACAUCAGGGACGUCAGUCCAACAGUGUAUAAUAUUCAUUUCUCAAUAAUUGUAUUUGUAAAAAAAUUGAUGUGUUGUUAAUUUAUAAAUAAUAAUUAAUAAAUAUUUAUUGAUAUCAAAAAAAAUAAAUAUAUAUAUAUUCUGUGCCAACAGCAGAGGAGUAAACAGUUUCUAAAUAUCGUGAUAAAUAUAUUAUACGUGAUUGUAACUGAUUAGAACAUUGGAGUGAUUAAUUGAUGAUUGUUGGCAAUCUAUAUUUGUUCAGUAAAGAGACAAAUAUACAAUAAAUAAUAAAGGCACUGAAGCUGUUGAUAAAAGAAAAAAUUAAGCUGUUAUUUUUUUGUUGAAUUAAACAAGACAAAAUGACGAGACAAACUUCUAUUUUGCUGAGUUUUCUAUAUUUAGCUUGCACCCUUGCUAUGAUCCAGGCAGAAACUUACAAUGGAACUGGACCGAUUGUUGUUGGACAACCAUGGUCAAUCACCUGUCAAGGAGGUCCUGAUGAUAAUUUUCAAUCAUCAUUGGGAUGGACAAGAAAUGGUCAAACAAUACCGGAAUUAUCAAAGGCACAAAUAUCAAUAAAAUAUGAUCAAAACAAUACGAGUACUUUAAGUUCAUCAUCAGCAACUGAAGCACAUGAUGGAAAAUACAGCUGUUUAAUGUCAAAUUCAAAGAGUUUUUAUGAUCUCACUAUUAUUCGGGAUUUUGUUUCGAAAAUUAAGCUGAAAAAAACUCCAUUAAUAAUCAAAUGUGAAAAUAUCACUGAUAAUUCUGAUAUUAUAUGGAAAAUGGAAGAUAAAGUAAUAAACGAGCAAAAAAUGUUCAAAAUUGAUGCUAAAAAUUUAACACUUACUGUUGAUCCCGCUGAUGAUGAUACUAGUAUUUUCAAUAAAUCAAUAACUUGUUCACCAAAAAAUUCAACAACACCAGCUUCAAAAUUCAAAAUUUUUCCCAAACCAAUUCCAACUAUGAAUCCACACAGUGUUGCUGUUGAAGGUGAAAAAUUAACUUUAUACUGUCACAAUAAAAAUAACUUUUAUCCAAGUAUUAAAAUAAAAUGGCAGUUUAAAAAUCAGGAUAUAAAUGAUACAAGCCGUAUUACAUAUAAAUCAGAUGACAAUCAAAUUGAAAAAUCAAUGCUUAUUAUUGAAAAGCCAACAUUAGAUGAUGCAGGUGAAUGGUCAUGUCGUGCUGCAUAUGAUAAAAAUGAUCUCAAUAAUGAUGAUAUUGAAGUUGCUACAACAACAUUAAGAGUUAAAGAUAAAUUAGCAGCAUUAUGGCCAUUCCUUGGUAUUUGUGCUGAAGUAUUUAUACUCUGUACAAUUAUUCUUAUUUAUGAAAAAAAACGUAAUAAAUCUGAUCUUGAAGAAUCUGAUACUGAUCAAAGUCCAGACACAAAACCAGCAUCAAACAAGGACUCAGAUGUCAGACACAGAAAAUAAAUAAAUAUAAAAACAUCAAUAAAUAUAUUAUAAAUAAGUAAAUAAAUAAUAAAGCGCAUACAGACAUAAUUAAUGCUUAAUCACGAAAAAAAAAAAAUGAAAAAAAUAACGAAAUUAAAAACUAAAACAUCAAAAGUUUUUUAAAUUUUAUAUUUACAAAUGAACCAACUAAGCCCGAAUGAACAUGAAAUAAACAAAAAAAAAAAAUAUACAUACAUAUAUAGAGAGUAUAAAAUAAAUAUCUUUACAAAAAUAAAAAAAUAUAUAACUGCUGUGAAAAUGAGAAAUUUUAACCAUAAAAGACACUCAUCAACCAAAGUUCAUCGUUGCUAUUUUCGCUAGAAAACACAUUACGAGAUUUAUUCAUUGAAUGUGCACUGAAAAACAGCAUAAAAAUAUUAUGAAAAAAAAAAAAAAAAAAAAUUACAAGAAUAAAUCAACACAAAGAUACAUUGCUGCUUCAUUUUUUUGAGUUGAUAUAAAAAAAAGAAAGUAGAAAAGAAUAUAAAUAAUAUCGAGCAAAAGAAGAAACAAAAUAUAUGAAAGAAAAUAAUCAUAAAUAACUUCAUAUUGGUGCAUUUUUUCCCUCCUCAAGUUUUUUUUUUUUUGUUAUUAAAAUUUACGUAAUUUUAUCAUGCGCACCGAUGGUUUAAAAAAAAAUAAUAAUUAACCAUCAAGUGUGCAAGUUAUAAGUAGUAUUAUAAUUAAUUGUUAUUACCAUUAUAUUCCAUUAAAAUUGAGAACUAAUCUGAUGAUGCUUGAAAAUAAUAAAAAAAUAUAUAUUAAACUGCCGUCGAAUUUCAUUAGGAUUUAAUGGAUCAAUAUUUCAACAAUCUAAUACUUUUUAGAGUAGAUAAAUAUAAUACUCGUCUUUUCGCUUGACGAUAAUAAAUAUAAGACAUUGAAGUAAAUAAAACAAAAAUUUUAAAAAUAAUUAAAAAAUUAAUCAUGAUGAAAAAAAAAUAAAAUUUAUAAAAAACAAAAAUAGUCAAUCAAUAAUAAAAAAAUAAAAUAUAAAAAAGAAAAAUACAAUUAUUAUAAUUAAUGAACUAUUAAAGAAGAAAAAAAAGUUCAUUUUAUAAUUUUUUAUUUUCACAUUUAUUAUCACUAUUAUUAUUAUCAUUGAAGUUUGUACCUUCGACUAUUCAAACAUUAAAAUCAUGAUUAAAAAAGUUUGCUGUAAUUGAUAAUUAAAUAGUUUUAAUUGAAAAUAACAGUCAUUUUUUUUUUUUUUUUAUUUUUGUUAUAUUCAAUUACAAUCAAUUUUUUUUUUUUGCUUUUUUUGUGUGUGCAUGUAUGUGUAUGUGUGACAAGGUGUUAAAAAAUAAAAAAAAAUUAAAUUAAAUUAAAAAGAGUUCGUGACAAUGGCCUUGUGUACAGACUCUUGUUAAAGAUGACCUCAUUUUUUAUGUAACAUCUUUGAAAAACAAUUUAUGUCACGUGCGAAUUAAAUUGUUAAUUCAAAAAAAAAAAAA